GAAUUGUUAGACAAGAGAGCGAACAUUCAUUGCAUUGCAGAGAGACAGCCGGGCACAGGAGUGUGGAGCAGGGCCUGGCACCGAGUAGGCGAUAUGAGGGGAUCCAACUGAGAGCAUCAGAUUUGGACAUAGCUUGGUGCCAGUGAGGACAGCAUGGCAACAAGCGCAGUUUUGAGUGAGAACCUUCCCACUUACAAACUGGUAGUGGUUGGAGAUGGCGGAGUUGGAAAGAGUGCGCUUACCAUACAGUUUUUCCAGAAGAUCUUUGUGCCGGAUUAUGACCCUACCAUUGAGGACUCCUACCUGAAGCACACAGAAAUAGAUGGCCAGUGGGCAAUACUAGAUGUUUUAGACACUGCAGGACAGGAGGAAUUCAGUGCAAUGCGGGAGCAGUAUAUGAGGACGGGGGAUGGCUUCCUGAUAGUUUAUUCUGUAACAGAUAAAGCCAGCUUUGAGCAUGUGGACCGGUUCCAUCAGCUCAUUCUUAGAGUCAAAGACCGUGAAUCCUUUCCAAUGAUUUUGGUAGCUAACAAGGUCGAUCUUGUGCACCUGAGGAAAAUUUCAAGUGAACAGGGAAAAGAGAUGGCCGCAAAACACAAUAUUCCAUACAUUGAAACUAGCGCAAAGGACCCUCCACAAAAUGUAGAUAAGGCAUUCCAUGAUCUUGUUCGGGUUAUAAGACAACAAAUUCCAGAGAAAAACCAGAAGAGGAAGAGGAACACGAAGUGGCGAGGUGACAGGGGGACCGGCGUGCACAGGCUGCAGUGUGUGGUCUUGUGACAACUGCUGGCACCUAAUCCUGUAACAGAGACUAAACUAAACAGAACUAGACACUUUACACUGCCUGCACUGGAACCAACCACUACCCCGGGGCGGGGACUGUAUUGCAAAUACUUGAAAAUCAGCCAGAUCCAAGAGGUUUGCGCAGGUCAGAGAGCCAGCACCGCAUGCAUCCUCUAGCCCCCACCCUCAGGAUUUCACAAACCACAGGUUUUGCAAAUGGGGUGAGGAAACCCUUCAGCACUCUCCACUCUGAAACGGAAGCAGACAAUAAUUACUAUUCUCCUUUAUAUGUGGUACAGUUGUCUGUCUUGUCAGAAAAGUAUUUUUUGUUUGUUUUGUUUUUGCACUUUGGAAGAGCUGAGAGAACAAGGAUAAAAUAAUAGGCAAUUUGGCUACAUUGCAGGAGUGUUCGCUGCACAGCGCCAGCAUUAACAGUUAUAAUACUGGAGGCCCUCCUGGCUGUUCACUCUGCUAUUUAAUCCAACUGUAUAUCAGAUCGUGUUGCUUUGCUAAACAAGGCAGUUUUUUUAUUUUUUAUCAAUUUUUCCACUGUAUUCUAUUUUCCCCGAAAUGCUAUAAUUCAGAUGUCACGUUUACCACUGUAGUAUUUUUUUUAAAACCAGAUUGUACUCUUUGGUGGCAGUUUAGGAAAACCACUUGGCCUAUUUAUUUAUUUUUAUUUUUUUUUAAAUGUUAUUUUUUUUUAAAACCACAUUAGGAUUUUUUGCCAUAUUUUAUAUUCAGGAAAAGCUUGAAGACUGUUUCAAUACUUUUUUUUUAUUCCCUUCUCUACCACAUCUGCAUUAAGGUUGUUUCAGGUACCAAACACAGAUUCUGUGAAAUGGGAGAUUUGUGUGUUUGCCAGUUUACAACAUGCUUUCAUUUUCUCCAGAUUAUACUCCACAUUGUACUUAACUGAAAAAAGGGAUACAGUUGUUUAAUCAUAGUUUGUUGACAGAAGUUAAUGUAAAAUAUAUAUAUGAUCUGUUUUUUAUUUAACUUUGAUAAAACUGUUGGUAUCAUU